UCAGUCUCGUGUGGCGCUGGUGCUGUGAGGGUGGCACUGUCUGUGACCUCGCUGCCUCCUCUGUCUGACCUCCUGUGACCUUAUUUGCAUCUGUGACCCUAGCCUCCUCUCUCUCUCUCUCUCUCUCUCUCUUAGUCUGAUUGCGUUGGAAAAAAAAUCGUCUCUCGUUUUCUUUUCUUCUUUGUCAUCGAAAUGGAAGUGAUGGUGGUGGUGAUGGUGGUGGUGAUGGAGGGGCGGUUGUGAAAGAGGACGCGAUAAAAGGCAGAAGAAGAGGAAGAGGAUAAUAGACAAUAGAAAUAAAAGAAUAACUGGAAAGCGCAUGAUGAAAAUGUGACAAACUACAAACAAUAAGGAAGGAGAAAGAAAAGAGAGAACUUAUACAUGAUAUUGAAAAGUGUGAAAGAAAACGAGCUGACUGGAUAAAAAUACAGAAAACGAGAGUAUAUGACAAUUAAACCAAUAAAUCAAAAUAAAAAAAAAGUUAACGAAACAAGAAAUAAAAUAAAACAGAACUCAUUGGAAAAAAAAAUAUAUUGCAGGCAUUAUUAACAGCACAAUAAACAUUAAUAUUUGAAAUACCAACGGAGAUAGCAAGAACUGAAAAAAAAACUUCAGCCAAUUAAUAAAAAAAAAGUGAUCGAAGCAGGAAAGAAUAGAAUAAAACUGGGUGAAAUAAAAAAAAAAAACUGUUAUAAGCGCCAUCAUUAUCACUAUCAUCACUAUCAAUAUUUAAAACACCAACAGAGAUAACAAGAACCAAAAAUUUAAACCAACCAGUAGAUAAGAAAAAAAAAAAGAACAAAAAAUGAUCGAAGCGUGAGAGAAAACAAAAGAAAACGGAAUAAUAAAAAAAAAAAAAACGAUAACUACACUAUAAACACCAAUAUCAAAAUACCAAAUAAAACAAACUAACAAAUAGACAACAAAACAAAAGGAAAAAAGAAAAAAAAAACUAAUCGAAACAGGAAAGUGAAAAACCGAACAAAACCCAAUGAAAAACCACCACCACCACCACCACCACCAGCGCCACUAACAACACAACAAGCACCAAUAUUUAGCGUGGCAGCAGCGGGCAGUACGAGGAGUCAGGAUGAAGAUAGCACUGGCUACCGUGGUGCUGGUGGCUGUCACGUGCUGGCGAGCUAGUAACGUGGGGGCCCUUCCUAGCACCAUCAAUAUAGGCGCCAUUCUGGACCAGGAUGGCGAUAUGCAGGAGCUGGCCAUGCGGUACGCCGUGGAGAGAGUGAACGCUGACCCAAAGAUGCUGCCUAGGUCUACACUACAGCCUCACAUUGACCGCCAGCCUGCCGAUGACUCCUUUCAGGCUUCCAAGAGAGUGUGUCACCUGCUGUCCAAGGGAAUGGCUGCAAUCUUCGGACCUCAGAGUGAAAAUACAGCCAAUCACGUGCAGUCUAUCUGUGACAACAAGGAGAUCCCACACAUUGAAACCCGCUAUGACUACAAGCUUACGAGGGACGAGUAUUCAAUUAACCUGCAUCCCUACCCACCUGCUCUGAGCCAGGCUUACUACGACAUCCUGAAGGAGCUGAAGUGGAAGAGCUUCGUGGUGCUGUACGAUUCCAAUGAGAGCUUAGUGCGUCUUCAGAAGCUUCUUCAAGACAGCUCCUGGAAGGUCCACAUUAGGCAGCUGGUUCCUAAUACUGACCACAGGCCGCUGCUGAAGCAAAUCCGCUGGUCUACAGAGACACGCAUCUUGGUGGACGUGAGGCAGGACAUGAUUUACGACGUCCUCAGGCAGGCUGGUCAAGUCGGGUUGAUGACUCAGUACUACAGUUACUUCAUCACCUCCCUGGACUUUAACCAGGUGGAUCUGCACGAGUUCAGGCACGGUGACACAAACAUCACGGGCAUUCAACUGGUGGACCCGAACAGCAAGAACGUGAAAGAUUUAGUGGAGAAGUGGAAGCUUGGAGAGAGGCUGAGAGGGAGGAGCUUACCUCAGGACAACAAGAUUACGACAGGUGCGGCUUUAAUGUUCGACGCCGUGAUUCUGUUCGCCAGCGCCCUCACCACUAUGGACAAGUCAGGGCAAGUGACGAUCAGGGAACUCAACUGCAGCGGGGACAGGACCUGGCAGCACGGAAAUUCCCUUAUCAACUAUAUGAAAUGGUACGGGUCGCGGGCCAUCGGGACGAGUACCAGGGACAACCACAGACAGCCGUACAGGGGCGUUAGAUACAACCCGUUCGAUCGACAGAAUUUAGGCACUCUGACGGGCACUUCUUACUACAACUUGACGGAGCAGGUGCGCGUGGUGGGCCUGACGGGGGUUCUCAGAUUCGAUGACGCAGGUUUUAGGUCCGAUUUCAACCUGGAUAUUAUCGAGAUGGACAUUAACAACAGGAUCAAUGCACUCAAGACGGUGGGCAAGUGGACGCCGAAGGAAGGUGCCAAUUUCACCCGUAUGUGGUCCCCGGAUACUGAUGAAGAUAAUAGAAUCCUACAGAACAGAACCCUUAUUGUAUCCACUGCCCUGACCCCGCCGUACACGAUGCUCAAGAAAUCUUCUGAACAACUAACAGGGAACGAGCGGUUCGAGGGAUUCUGCAUAGACAUUAUCAAGGAGAUCGCCAGACAGCACGGCUUCAACUACACCAUCACCCUUAGCCCAGACGGAGCCUAUGGAAGCAAGCACGCUGUCACGGGAGAUUGGAACGGAAUUGUAGGGGAGUUGAUUGACCAUCGUGCGGAUCUUGGAAUCGUCGACUUCACUAUUACUUACGAGAGAGAGGAGGCUGUAGACUUCACCAUGCCCUUCAUGAACCUGGGUAUUAGUAUCAUCUACAGCAAACCGCAAAAGAAAUCCCCCAGCCUGUUUUCUUUCAUGUCUCCGUUUUCUGUGGAUGUCUGGAUCUACAUGGCCACCGCCUACCUCGGGGUCUCCGUCCUGCUCUUCAUCCUGGCCAGAGUUGCGCCCCAAGAGUGGGACAACCCGCACCCUUGCAUCCAGGACCCUGAGGAGCUGGAGAACUCGAUCAGUCUGAGCAAUGCUUUCUGGUUCACUAUCGGAUCCGUAAUGCAGCAAGGAUCUGACAUAGCGCCCAAGGCCGUUUCAACGCGUAUCGUGGCUGGAAUCUGGUGGUUUUUCACACUCAUCAUGAUAUCCUCCUACACUGCCAAUCUCGCUGCCUUCCUUACCGUGGAGAGGAUGGAUGCCCCUAUUGAGAGUGCUGAGGACUUGGCCAAACAGACGAAGAUCAAGUAUGGCUGCAAGAAGGACGGGUCCACUUAUAAAUUCUUCAUGGACAGCAACAUCCCCACAUAUAUGAAGAUGUGGACAACGAUGUCAAACGCACGCCCUUCAGUAUUCACGAAGAGCAACGAUGACGGCGUGGAGCGAGCCGCAAAAUCUAAGGGAAUGUACGCCUUUCUUAUGGAGUCUUCGUCUAUUGAGUACGUGGUGGAGAGGAACUGUGACCUCAUGCAGAUUGGAGGUCUUCUGGAUUCCAAGAGCUAUGGCAUUGCUCUUCCGCCUGGCUCGCCCUACACGGCCAAGAUCAGCAGCGCUAUCUUACGGAUGAAAGAAAACGGAACAUUGCAUCGACUGAAGGACAAGUGGUGGAAGGGCGAAGGAUUAUGCCAGAAAGAGGUGAAGAAGGAUGCGGCCUCGGCAGCAGAACUGGGCCUUGAGAACGUGGGUGGCGUGUUCGUGGUGAUGGUGGGCGGGAUCAUGAUAGCAAUGCUGGUGGCGUGCUGUGAAUUCAUGUGGAAAGCAAGGAAGUUAGCCACGGAUGAUGGGGUGUCCUUCACGGAGGAGCUCUGCAAGGAACUUCUCUUUGUCAUCAGCUGCCGGGAGAACUCCAAGCCCGUAAGGAAGAAAGCGUCGCCCUCACACACCGACUCUUCCUCCAUCUACGACUUCUCCAAUUACGGCUACUCUGACAAGAAAUGAAGAGGAGGAGGAGAAGGAGGAAGAAGAAGAGGAGGAGAGAAAGGAGCUGGAAGGUUUGGCUAAUCAGAAUAACCGAUGAGAGAUAGAGUUAAGAUGACUGCAAGAAAAAGGAUGAAAAAAAAAAAAAGAGAAAAGGAAUAGCAGCGAUGGACAGGUAGAAAGUUAGAUAUUUAGCAGGAAGAGAAAGAGAUAGAAUUUGAAAUGGGACUGAUGCUCAAGAGACUGUAAUUUCCACCCUCGUUUCAUCAACUGCCAGUGCCUUGUUUGAUAUUAGCCCGGUGUCUUUAUUGAAACUUACAACUAACUGUAUUCUGAAGCCUUUGUGCGCUGCAUCGCCACUAUUUUCAAAAGGCUCUGCUUCGAGUUACACGUUUUUUUAAGGGUGUUUUUUGUGGCUCUUGUAACAGAACAGCAAGAUUUUUAUACCAUGAACAGGAGAAACAAUCUUGAGAACCCGGCUGUUCAUCUCUGUGGUCUUUGAAAUAGUCGUGGUGAGAGAACAAAGCGCUUCAGAAUACAGGACUGAUGUACGUUCAUGAAGAGUACUAAUAGGCUAAUAACUCUCUGUGGCGUAUUUCAGAUAAUAGUAAUUUUAAAAGCCUUAAAAUCAUAUAAUCAUGCAGGGUAAUUUUGUAUUAUGGCUGUAUUGACACAUCCUGGUGUAUGAUUAUGAAGAGAACUAAUAGGCUAAUAGUUCGCUGUGGUGUAUUUCAAAUGUACCUUCGUAUAUACCAGCAGGCCAGCAAUCCCACACAGCCUGAUCCAGACAAAAUACCACACACUCAUACACACAUCGUGUACACCCGUCGGCACCUGGUCUGAAAUAACAGUAAAUUAAAAACCUCUUGAAAUUCCUAUAAUCAUGCAGCGUUGUUAUUGUUCAUUUCGUUUCGGCUGUCUAUACAAUACCUUCAUAUAUCUAUUUCUCAUAUUAAUUGUUAUUCUUACUCUUCAUCAUAGUCUUUAUAAUAAGGAUUUGACGAAUGUUACUCAUAUUUUCAUAAGACUGUGUUUAGGUAAGUAGCCGAUAACGAAACACCUAAAAUGAAAAUGACAGUGAAAAAAAUGUAUACACCACUAGGAACUGUAGGAUAGUAAUGUUAAUUGUACCAAUAAAUUUACAAAUCUCUAAUGCUCAAAAACAGUACUAGCGAUAAAACAAUUCAAAACAAUCGCCGAAUUAGUCCAGGACCGAAACUACCAAACUCCCGCUGCAUUCUCCCGCCAAUCACCAGUGUGUAGUGACGAGUGUGUGCGGAAGGAUAUCGCCAAUAACUAGUGCCUUGAACGCGAUUUGACCUUGACCUGACUUGGCGUGGCAGUUCGUGAAUGGUCGGAGAGGGUGAGAAGAGAGAAAUACAGAGGCAAGCGUGUGAUGGUGCUGGCGGUGAGUACACAAUACCAAUUCGAUGUUGAGAAUUACGUGCAUCUUAAACCCAGGCAGUCAAAAACGUUCAUUAUCACCCCACACGAAGAGUAACGAGCCGCUAAACACGUAAGAAUAAAUAACAGCAACACUAAUACGCACUCGUGAACAAAGAUACGUAAGAACAGGGUGAGUAACUGUCUAAUUGGGUCUGUCUGAGUGAGAAGGGCGUAAUUCUGAACUAGUAUUUGAAUAUGUCGUUAGGAUGUCAUAGUGUCUUGCUGUUUGGUUACCCUGUGUGAUCCGGUUCUAUUUAAUGCGUGGAUACAUUCGAGGCCACGUCUUUGUACUGUGUAUCCGUACCAAGCGGCUUCUACUGUAUUUCUCCCGAUUGUAUUCUGAAACACUUCUGCGCAGCACUUCCUCUACUCUUUGCAAAGGCUGUGGUUGAGGUUACACGGUUUUUUUAGGGUGUUUUAAUGGUUCUAGUGACAGAUUAAGGAGUUUUCUACAUUAUUAACAGGAGAAACACUCUUGAGAACCUGGCUAAUCAUCUCUGUGGCCUUUGCAAAUAGUCGUGGUGAGAGAGCAAAGUGUUUCUGAAUCAUUUCUGGAUUGUUGCAGGCUGUGUUACGUUAGGUGUUGUAGAUUAAAGGUGUGGUGUGUUGCUGAAUGUGCAUUACAGCAAGUCAAGGAGCAAUAUAUGUGUGUUAUAAGGACAGGAAGGAAUACUUUGGUGUGUUGUGUUACUUGUAUUGCAGAUGAAGUAGUAAGAACACAAGACGAUAAGGGAAGCAGUAAUGAGUUGAAGGAGUAUUGCGAAGGGUGUGUUGCGUGUUAUAUAUAGAGUGUCUGUCCUCUACACUCUUCUUAUUAACUCUUUUGCUGCUUUGGUCAUCCUUCCCUAACCUUCCUUGCACUGUUUGGACUGUUCGCAUGGAGACACAGGGGAGUAAAGACGGGAAAGAGAAGGUUUUUGUCUUUUUUACGUUUCAGAAAUAACGACAAGGCAGAAAAAAGGGAAAACAUAUUAAUUUUGUCUCUUUACGCUUCAUAAAUAUUGGUGAGAGAGAAGAGGGGAAAGAGAAGGUUGGUUUUGUCGUUUUAUGUUGCAGAAAUAUUGACGAGAGAGGAAAGGAAAGAUAAAACUGAUUUAUUAUUUUUUUUUUUACACUUCAGAAAUAUCGACGAUAGAGAAAAGGGAGAAAGCAGGUUAAUUUUGCCUUUUUACACUUCUGAAAUAAAAAAAGAUAAAAGUAAAAAAAAAAUAUUGGUAUUAAAGAGUAAAUUUUGUGUAGCAGUGAAGGAGUGAAGGCAAUUAUUAGAAGUUUGCGCGGCGGUGCAGGAACAGACCUGUGUGUGCUGUGGGUAUUACUGUGUGUUGUGUAGGUAGUGUUAUAUUAAGUGCAGCAGUAUCACACGCUACCAAGGGGACAGUAAUGCGGGUUGACUCAAAUUACAGGGAUUCAAAAAGCCCAGAUUUACUUCGAGGUUCUACUCAUUUGGUGGAAUUAAAAGAAAAAAAAAAAAGAAAAGAAAAGACGGGAAUCGAGAAAGCUUCAUGUGAAAAAAAAAAAAAAAAAAGUGUAUUUAAAGAGGCCGUGCUGGUUUCGUGAAAAGGUGUGACAUCUUCAGUCGUAUUUUUGGAGAAGAUAAACCAACAUUCAUCUUACUCAGUUUUACUAACUUCACGAGCUGAAAGAAAAUAAAGAAGAAAAAGAAAACGUGUCAAGAUAUCACAAAUUUUUUAUGGGAUACAAAAAAAAAAAAAAAAAAAAUCCUUCCACGAGAUUUUAUUUGAUUCGUGGCGAGGAAAAUAUUUAACGAGCUUUUAAAAAUUUCAUGGGAGUAAGAAGCCUCUUGAGCCACGCCUAUAAAAUUGACAGCUUUUUUUUUUAGGCCCACACUGCCUACGUGUUACUCUCCCCUUGCAUUUCAGUCACCUGGUGUUAACUUAUAUUUAUAGACUCGAAUAAGACUUUACUAUAGCCUUCAUUGUGUGUACGAGUAUAUCAGUCUUCCUCUUCCUCUUCUUGACUCCAUUUUUGCUUGUCUUCCUGCAGUUCAAAAUUCACUAAGUUUUGAUAAUGUUUGGAUCAAUUUUCUUCCUUCAUUUAUUGUUUUAUCAUUAAAAUCUUUGUUAUUGUUGAGGCUUAUUGUUUUCUUAUUUCGUUUAUUAAUAUUCUCCUAUCUUUGUGAUCUUUAUCAUGUUCUGGAACCAUUUCUUUCUUCAUUUAUCAUUCUUUUUAUCAUUAUGACCUUUGUAAUGUUGAGAUCCGCUUUUUUUCUUGUUAUUUCUUACUUUUUUGUUAGUUUUGCUUGCACCUUUUCUCGUCUCUUCUUUCUACUACUACUACUACUACUACUACUACUAAACCAACACGUUACAAUACUACUACUACUACUACUACUACUACUACUACUACUACUACUACUACUACUACUACUACUACUACUACUACUAAACCAACACAUGUUACAAUACUACUACUACUACUACUACUACUACUAAACCAACACAUGUUACAAUACUACUACUACUACUACUACUACUACUACUAAACCAACACGUUACAAUACUACUACUACUACUACUACUACUACUACUACUAC